AUGCCAGAUAUACGCUUUCUUAUUCUUAAUCGAAGUUAUGGUUUUACUAAUAUACCAAUUAUAGAAAUUGCAAAAUUUUGUCCGAAAUUAAUACACUUAAGUCUUAAUUCAUGUAAAUGUCUCACUAAUCGAUAUAUCACUGAAAUUACUCGCUCGUGCCCAAAACUUAGACAUGUUGAGCUUGGUGAUUGUUCGAUCGGUAAUAAAGCUGUUGAGGAAAUAGCCCGCAACUAUACUAAUUUGAAAUAUCUUAGUUUGGAGAGGUGUAAAGGGAUCAGCGAAGAAGCGAUGAAAAAACUUAAUCCUAAAAUUAAAAUCGAAUAUCCUGAUUAUUCCGAUGAUGAUUUCUCGGUUUCUGAUUUACCUCCACUUAUUUCAAUUUCUACAUUCAGGAAUUAUAUCAGAGAAGUGUCAGGUCCAACUAAUUCAGAACGAAUUAAUUUAUUAAAUAGUCUCGCUCGAGCUAUUGAUCAAGGAUUACAUCGAUCGUGGCAAGGGCUUUAG